AUGGACAGCAGCUGGGGCUGGUUAGAACCCCGGUCGGACGAGUUAUGGGCGAGGCAGUUUGGCAACGGGUUUGGCGGCAACAACAAUAACGGCAACGACGAUGAUAGCAACAACAGCAAUAACGGAAAUGGGUUUAACAACAACGGGACUGGCAACGGCUUCAGGGGGUUUGGUGGACGAAACCAGACGAACACGAUUAUAAACCAGUUCAGAUUUCAGGCGGCGAAGUCGAUACGAACCUCGACCAUUAUCCUCUCUGUCUUCAACGUAGUUGCGGCAGCGGCGACGGCGGUGGGUAUCUUGUGGGACGGCUAUGCAACGGCGAAGAGGAACGACCCCAAGUACAAGUUUAGGACGUCAGCGUUCAACUGUGUGGGCCCGGCUGAAGCCUUCCCGCUCAUCUUGUCCUGUGGUAUCGUCAUCCAAGGCAUCGUUUUCGCCGUCGCUCAGUCGACUGGCCUUAGAAACGAACAGGUCUUGGGAUGUACCAUUGUUUCGCAGAUGAUGCUACCAGCCGUCUUCAUCGUUCCCUAUAUUCAGCUCAUCUUUGGCGUCGAGGUGGCCAUCCGAGCUUUCCGGCGAAGAAACCCGUUCCCGCCCCGAACCAAAUGGAACGUGAUCAUUUGCCUCGCGCUGGUUGGCACUCUACUGCUCGCCACUUAUCUUGUCACCCAUUUCAGGCGCCCUCCCAACUUCUGCUUCGCUUCGCUUUUCUGGUUCGUCCAGAUGUACGCCGAAGGCUGCUUUGCAGUCCUCACCAUCAUCGGCGCGGCUCUCCUCGCCGCCACUGUAGUCAUCUUUGUCAAGCUGCACAGGAAUGCAGGAAUUGAUCCCACGGAGAGAAUUGCCUCUUCCAGGAUGGUGUACUACCUCGCCGUAGGCUUCAUUUCGGCACUCUUAAUCGUUCCCUUCUUCUUUGUUCUUGCCUUCCAGAACAGAAGAGACCGGGGAGUUUUUAACGCCGCCCUACAGUUGUCCAUGGUCUCCUCUGUGGUCGCGAACGUGUCGGGCCUCAUGACGGGCGGCCUCCACCUCUUCUUGCGAUCCACCACGAUGUCGACCAUCGGUCCUCGCGAGAAGGAUGGCAAGUACGAAGAAGACCGAAGGAAGAGCUUCAAGAGGGGCAUCCGAGUGUGGACUUCGCGCGAAGACCCUGCACCCGGUCCGUCUGUGAAUGCGCCCACCGGCCUUCGGCGGAUGAAUACCAAUGACUCGUUUGCCAGCUCUAACGACGACCGUGACAGCUACUACGGCGACGAGAAGAAGGAGCCCUGGGAGGAAAGGAUCAACCCCUUCGAUCCCAUGCCGCACACGCCCAAGAACUCUUACUCUCUCUUCCCUAACAAUAACGCCAACCUCAAGGCCCCUACCCUCCUCCCAGCCACCACUUAUGACCCUAACAUCAAGGAGACAAUGGUGAGCAUCGACACGCUCAAGCCACCGGCGCCCAUCCAUGGCUUCCGCCACCGCCGGGACUCGUCUCUGGCAUCGCAUGCUACAGUGCAAAUCGGGCUCCGCCUAUCCAACAUGGAGGACAUGCCGCCUCUCAAUUCCAAAUAUUUCCAAGACUCUAAGAGCCAGAGGCCAAGCCCGUUGAGCAACGUGGCCAUGAGCUUCCAGCAUCCUAAUGAUCGUGAUGAUCGCGAUGACGACAGCGUCACCAUGUAUGUCGGUGACGGCAGCAUUGCAGACAACGAUGAUAGGAAGACUCUCUCGUCCACGCCUGAGCCGGAGAAGAGGACGGAUUGUACCCUCAGCCCGGCCGUGUACAAGCCACCCGAGAGCCCAAAGAAGGCCAAGGUCACUAGCCCCCGGGGCGUCGGCUUCACCCUCCCCCAGCAGAGGGGUCAGCUGAGCCCCCAAUCACCUUCCUCUGGGUCCCGGGAUCAGACCCCCGCCAAGAAGUCGGACUGGAUCUGA